UCCUCCCUUACCCUUAACCUCUCUCUCUCUCUCUCUCUCUCUCUCUCACACACACACAAAUACAAAUAAAAAGGGUAUUCUUGUUUCCAUCUUUCAUUCAAUAUUGGGAGUCUCUUGCUCUGUGUUUCUUAGGGUACGUGAAUGAACAUGGAUAAGGAAGAUGGGCUUGUGCUGAUGAAAAGGGCGGAGAUUGACACAAGGGCACCCUUCCGGUCUGUCAAAGAAGCCGUGACUUUGUUCGGCGAGAAAGUUUUAGCUGGAGAGGUCUACACCAGCAAGCUCAAAGAGAUGCACGGUGGAGCGAGCGAAAAUGGGCAUGGCCCGUGGAGGCAUGGAGACGUUACAUCUGAGCUAGAGGAGACAAAACAAAGCCUCGAGAAAGCAAAAGAAGAAAGCGUGGUUAUGGCAACUUGCCUCACUUCUCUCAAGGAAGAGCUUGAACGGACAAAGCGAGAGCUCCGACACUUGAAGAAACGGGAAUCCGAGAAACAAAAAAUGGAAACAGAGAUCGAAGAUGUCAAGGUUGUUGAAGACUCGACGAAAUUUGACGUCAAAACACAGACUUCUGAUGAAGAAGGAAUGGAAUUCCAGAAGAAAAGAUACGUGACUUUCGCAAAUCCUCCCGCCUUAGCGCAAGUUGUAAUCCCACAAGGUGUUGAAAGAGUACUACUUGAGAGACACCCUUCUCUCAAGAAGAAGAAGAAAAAGGCACUGAUCCCUCUAAUAGGAGGGCUUUUUUCCAAGAAAAAAGGCAGCCCAGAAGUCGCACUGCCACGAGUUCCCUGAGCGCAUUUCCAAAUUUUCAAUAUAUAUAGUAUUUGAGGUUCCAUUCCAAGAAUAAUAACGUACAAACUGUUUUUUCUUUUUCUUUUUUUCCCGACUUUUCUUUCAAUUUCCUCUUAACAAUUCUAGCGAAUGAUGUCAUACAUGGUCCGUAAUGAAAUUGUAAGCUGAGAUUCUGAAUGUUCAAUAAGAUCGAUCGGGAGCCAAAGCAGCAUACUUUUAU